CUUUUUGCGACACUCCACCGGGAGCGCGCUCGGGGACCCGCAGGCAGCAAAGCGUCCUUUUGGUUUCCAUGGCAACCCUCCGACAACUCAACCCGCACCCAGUCUCUCUCUCUCUCUGCAAGUUUUCUCCCACACAAGUGCACCUUUCACCCCCAAAAAAGACGCACUUUGGCCGGCUUUCUUUCCAGCGGAACCUCCGGGGCGCUUUCGCGGUCGAGGUGAAGGACUUCCUGAGAGCGAGAUGGACAACAUGUCUCCGUGUCCCACCACCUUCUCUCUCUCCCCGCAAAUCUCCCUCCCUCUCUCGCCCAUCUCCUUCCCGCCAUCCCCGACCUCGCUCUCCCCGCAGUCUUCCUCCUCCUCCCCCCUUUCCACGGCCUCCCAUCACCCGGGUGGGGGACCUCCCACGCCGAGUCCUCCCAGCGGCUGGGACCGGGACCAGGACCAGGAUGACCUGACCUGCCUGAGCUGGCUGCAUCAGAGGGGGAACCUGCUCCCCCUGCAGCCCCUCUCCAAAGGGACCCAGCCCCCGGCUCAGCUGGAGUCGCAGGGCCAGCCCCCGGGCUCGACCAAGCCGCCGUACUCCUUCAGUAGUCUGAUCUUCAUGGCCAUUGAAGACUCGCCGGACAAGAGGCUCCCUGUGAAAGACAUCUACGGGUGGAUCGUGGAGCAGUUCCCCUACUACAGGACGGCCAGCGCGGGAUGGAGGAACUCGGUACGCCACAACCUGUCCUUGAACAAGAGCUUCUGUCGCAUGGAGAGGGACAAAAGUCAGUCCGUGGGGAAGGGGUCUCUGUGGCGUGUGAGUCCGGAGCAUCGGGCGGCGCUCCUGGAGGUUCUCCGGAAGACCCACACUUACCACGGCACCAACAGCAGUCUGAUCAACAAGCCGGCCCUACUGGAAGGCGUGGAGGACUACGGCGUGUCUGCGGUGUGUGACUCCAUGGAGAUGUCAGAUUCCCUUUCCCCCUCCCUCAUGCUGACGCAAAUCCUGAUCCCUGACAACCCGACCUUCGCCGAGCACCCGGAUUUUCCUUUGACCCCGGAUCACGAGGAGCUGGUCGCCAUAGAUCCGGUGGAAUACCAACAAGAGGAUCUGAGCGGGGCGGACUUAGAGAAAGACCCCCUGGGGGACAGCGGCUACAUCGAGUUGCAUUACUACCAGUCUCAAGAGUACGAGUACCUGGUGUUGCCAGAGGACACCGAGCUGGACUUGGAGACCGUGGAGAUACUCCAGCUGGACGUGGAGGCCCAGGAAGCUGCCGGGUCCCUCCUGGACUUGGCAGGGGGCGUAUAUUAAUAUCCACGGAUCGGAUAAUUAUCGUGUUUGGUCUCUUAUCUGUGACGAUGGCACUGCCUGGUGAUUUAAAUGUAGUUCCUGAUAAGUCAGCACUUUGUGGACAAAAUAUAGACUUUUUAGAGGAGUAUUCAUAAUUGUCUGUCAUUCUCAGGUGUGGAAGAUGUCCUUCUGGCGGAAAUAGCACCCAUUUCUCGUCAUAUCGUCCCACUCUCAUGCAGGUAUCAACAACACCCGAAGCAGCCAAAAUAGCGGGAAAAAGAGAUAAUGACGAAAAAAUGAAACAUUCGUCGUUUUCUUGAUCUUUGUCAUGUCAGCUACUUUUGAAGAUCAAAGUGCGGCCAAGGUAAUCGUUUGCAUAACGUUUUUUCUAAUGGCCUGCGCCAUAAUUCUCCAAAUAAAACGAAAACAUUGCAUGCAGCAGAACAUUACAAAGGAUGGGAAAAAAAAUAAAAGGUUGAAGAAAAAUAAA